AAUAAAUGAAAAAUGUUAUCAAAAUAUUCUAACUAUAUCGAUCAAUACUCUAAGUGGUUUAAACAAAUUAUAAAAUCAUUGUGAUGCUAAAAAUAUUCAAUUGUUUAACAUAAAAUAAAUAAUUAAUUAAAAAUUAAUCAAACAAAGUGAAAAUUAAAGUAGUAGUUGUUCGAGUGAUAAUUAAACAAAACAGUGACACUAAUUUAAUAAUUAGAAAUAUUUUAUAAUCACUCAUUAUUUUUCAAAUUUUCCAUCAUGUUUUCUCGCGUGUGAACGCAAAACUAAGCCCCGUUGUUAAGAAGCAGCAGAGCAGCGCAGGAUUAGCAGGAAAAUUUCGCCAAAAUCUUCACAAAAAAGAUCUGACUUCUUCAAUAAACCUACCAAUUACAUCAGAUUAAUUAUUUAAUUUUCUUUCAAAGCGAAACUCUUCCAACUGUGCCGACAUCGUAGAAUGGUAGAAAGUGAACUACACUCAAAGCACAAUAAUAAGUGUGAUGUAAAAGACAAUCGAUUAAACGGCUGCGGUUCGAAAGAUCUAGAACUUGCCGGGAUAGGAUCAAAGGGUAAAACUCUAGAUCCCGAAAAAGGAUCUUGUAUUAAAGCUGACUUUGAAAAAGCUAUUGAAUUAACUGAGUAUGGAAAGUUUCACUACUUCUUACUCGCAGUAUGCGGGUUCGUUAGUACGAGUGAGGAGAUGGACGUAAUUUCUAUGUCUUUUAUCUUACCAAGUGCACAAUGUGACUUGCAUUUGAAUACCGAAGCAAAGGGAUGGCUCAGCUCCAUCAUCUUCAUUGGCAUGAUGGCAGGGGCUUAUGCAUGGGGCUCAGUGGCAGAUGCCUUGGGUCGACGAAAGGUUCUUAUUGUUAUUUCUUUUAUGAAUGCCCUCUGCAUCGUAGCGUCCAGUUUUAGCCAAUCUUAUGAACUAUUUCUGUUUUUUCGUUUUCUCAAUGGAGCUGCACUAGGUGGUAGUGGACCAGUAAUAUGGUCAUACUUUGCAGAGUUUCAACCAAAAUCCAAACGUGGAUCAAUGCUGUCAUUUAUGGCAGCAUUUUGGACCCUUGGAAAUUUGUUUGUGGCUGGACUAGCAUGGCUGGUUAUCCCUCAUGAUAUCGGUAUCGACACUAAAAUGUUUACAUUUAAUUCUUGGCGAAUUUUCCUGCUAAUCUGCGCUGCUCCCUCUUUUAUUGUGGCGGGACUACUUCUAUUCCUCCCUGAAUCUCCUAAAUAUCUGCUAUCACGUGGUAGAUAUGAAGAAGCUCUUAAUAUAUUCCGAGGUAUUUAUGCCAUAAAUACUGGUAAACCUCGUGAUACUUACACAGUCAAAGAAUUAGUAAUCAAUGACUUUCAUGAAUUGGAGUCAGUAAAGUCUGAUGCCAAAGAAAAAAAUAAGUACAAGAUUAUGCUGAGUGACAUUAUAGACAAUAGUAAACAGUUAUUUGUCUCACCAAUUUUACGUUUCACUGUAAUAUCAAUUAUCAUUAACUUCACUUUUCAUAUUGGUUAUUAUGGUCUUAUGAUGUGGUUUCCGGAACUUUUUAAUCGCUUUGAUCUUUAUAACCAGCAUUAUCCAAAUCAAACUGCCGACGUCUGUGAAGUUACUGAUUUUUAUAUAAGAGUUAGAAACAAUAAUACUGAAGAAAAUAGACCGUGUGAUAGUAAAAUCGGUGAAUCUGUUUUUAUUGAAUCACUUAUCACUGUUGCUUCUGCUAUUCCUGCCAACAUUGUCGCAGUCUUAGGGAUGGAUCGUUUAGGUCGCAAAUUUUUUCUUGUUUUCAGUACAUUGUCUUCAGGUGCAUGCUCUGUAGGUCUUUAUUUUGUUUACAAUAAAAUUCACAACGUAGUAGUCUCAGCUUUCUUUAGUGGUGUGAUUAGUUGUGGUAAUGCGGCUUUGGAUUGUCUUAUUACCGAAGUAUUUCCAACUAGCCUACGAGCAACUGGAAUAGCUAUUUCAAUGGUUGCUGCUAGAUUAGGCGGUAUCAUUGGUAAUAUUGUUAUAGCCCAAUUGCUAGACAUGUACUGUCCUGCACCUACAUUUAUCGUUGCUGUUCUUCUUAUUGGAGGAGGUUUACUAUGUUUAUUUUUACCAAACACAACGCGGGAACCACUUUCCUGACACCAGUAAAAUAACAAUACAUCGUUCAUGUUUCAUGGAUAGUCGUUAUAAAUUUUUAUAGAACGUAUUAAACAUUAAAAGAGACAUAAUGUUAAUGGUCACAUGUAGAAAAACAAAAAAAAAACACAGGGUAGAAUAUUAUAACUCAACACCUAUUAUGGAAUAUUCAAUUUAGAUUAGUAAUAACUUUUAUUGUUUAAUAAUAGAAAAAUGAUUUUAUAUAAGAUUAACUCUGGAAAAAUAAAUAUGGGCAAAUUGUGAAUGA